AGCAGGAGGAGGGUCUCAGAGUUCCUGCUUCUGCUCCUUACAGGCGUGCAGCCAGCCAUGCUGGGCCUGUGGUCCCUGCUUCUGCUCUGGGGCCUGGCGACUCCAUGCCAGGGGCUGCUAGAGACGGUGGGCACGCUUGCUCGGAUUGACAAGGAUGAACUCGGCAAAGCCAUCCAGAACUCACUGGUUGGGGGGCCCAUUCUGCAGAAUGUGCUGGGAUCGGUUACAGCCGUGAACCAGGGCCUCCUGGGCUCAGGAGGGCUGCUUGGAGGAGGCGGCUUGCUGGGCCACGGAGGGGUUUUUGGCGUUGUGGAGGAGCUCUCUGGUCUGAAGAUUGAGGAGCUCACGCUGCCGAAGGAGUCGCUGAAGCUGCUGCCGGGGUUUGGGGUGCAGCUGAACCUGCACACCAAAGUGGGCAUGCAUUGCUCUGGCUGGCCUGCCGAGGUGAAACGUGACGUCCGGGUGCACUGGGUGUCGGCUCGCGGGGGCAUGCCUCCGCUUAUCUCAAGCUGCUGCAGCACGCUCCUGGGCCCACAUCAGGCCUGGUUUCUCGGGUUGAGUCUGCAGGUUCCACAGUCUGCAGGCUCCAGCACCUUGCAGACCCCGACGCCGCUGGAUCAUCUCGGCACUCAUCUGGCGUCUCCCGGCUCUCCUGAGCUGCCGCUGCAACCGGCCCAGGUCUGCUGGGAUCCCCUCCAUCUGCGGGAUUUCAACCCCUGCUCUCAGCACAUGGAGGGCCCAACUCUGCCUCUGACUUGCUGCUGUGACUUCCGGAGCAACCACGUCCCCCAUCUCCCCCCCCCCAUUCUGGCCUUCAUGUCCAUCGUAUAUGUGGAGCUGGAUUUGAUGGUUCGGAAGGGCCCUAAGAAUGGGAUUCCAGGCAAGGGCUUUGGGCUCCUUAAAUUCCAGUGGCGGAACCGUCCACCUGGCAGCCGCACCCACACGUGUCUCCCUCUGCUCAGACUGCUGCCCACGCCACUCUUUGGAGUCGUGGAACAGAUGCUUUUCAAGGUGCUUCCGGGACUGCUGUGCCCCGUGGUGGACAGUGUGCUGGGCGUGGUGAAUGAGCUCCUGGGGACUGUGCUGGGCUUGGUGCCCCUUGGGGCUCUUGGGUCCCUGGAAUUCUCUCUGGCCACACUGCCUCUCAUCUCCAACCAGUACAUAGAACUGGACAUCAACCCUAUCGUGAAGAGUGUAGCUGGUGACAUCAUUGACUUCCCCAAGUCCCCUGCCCCAGCCAAGGUGCCCCCCAAGGAGGACCACACAUCCCAGGUGACAGUGCCACUGUACCUCUUCAACACCAUGUUUGGACUCCUGCAGACCAACGGUGCCCUCGACAUGGACAUCACCCCUGAGCUGGUUCCUAGCGAUGUUCCACUGACGACUACAGACCUGGCAGCUUUGCUCCCUGAGGCCCUGGGGAAGUUGCCCCUGCACCAGCACCUCCUGCUGUCCCUGCGCGUGAAGGAAGCUCCCACAGUCACACUCAACAACAAGAAGGCCUUGGUCUCCCUCCCAGCCAACAUCCAUGUGCUGUCCUAUGUCCCUCAGGGGACCCCUGAAUCCCUCUUGGAGCUGAACUCGGUCAUGACUCUGCGUGCCCAGCUGACUCCUUCGGCUACCAAGCUGCACAUCUCCCUGUGCCUGGAACGGCUCAGUGUCAAGGUGGCCUCCUCCUUUACCUAUGCCUUUGACGAAUCGCGUUUAGAAGAAUGGCUCAGUCAUGUGGUCCGGGUAGUGUAUGCACCAAAGCUUAACGUGGCCCUGGAUGUUGGAAUUCCCCUGCCUAAGGUUCUUAACAUCAGUUUUUCCAGUUCAGUUCUGGAGAUCAUAGAGAAUGCUGUUGUGCUGACCGUGCCAUCCUGAGGCUGAGACAUGGCCACCAGCCCUCCCUGUUGACUACUAGAGACCACCUGUCCACUCUGUUUCAAUUUCCCUCCCAGUCUCUAGCUGGUGUUGGUGACAGUAAAAUUGCCCUCUGGCCCUGCAGCACUACUCCAAGUUUGAGGUGGA